UCUUUUUUUCUUAUGUUUUUUAUAUAUUUAAUGUUUGUUUAUUCUCUUUAAUAUUAUUAUUAUUAUUAUUGUUUUACUUGGUCCUGUAAACAAGGAGUUUUUAUCUUUCUUGCUUUUGGUGUUCUUGAAUCUUGAGAAGGUUACUUACUGGUUAACCCUUUUUUUAAUAAAAACUCAUUCGUUUGAAUGAUGGAAGAUAAGACAGAAAAUGAGAUGUAUUUGAGGUUUUUUAUGUGUUCUAGGAGAUUAGAGAGGUCGUGUUUUUGUGUAUUAUAAUACAAUGAAUCUCUUGAUGGGAUCUGCAAAAAUGAGAAUAUAUGUUUUUUUUGUUUUGGGGAUUAUAUUUGGAUUUUUAAAAAAUAGUGCUUUAUUUAUGUUCAUGCAGAAUGAAACAAUGCUACAUUGCUACCUUUUGAUGUUGGCUUUAUAUGUCAUUUUUUAAAAGCAAAUUUAAUAGUUGUUCUUUAGCAUUGUAAUGCUGCUUUUUGGUUAUGAAUAAUCUUUUUAAGUGUAAAAGAGUUCAUGAUGUUACAGCCAUAUUGAAACUUUAUGUGGAACUGAAUCAAACAAUGCUUAUUUUUCAUGUCUCUCUCUCUCUCUCUCUCUUUUUUUCUUCUUAAGGUUCUUGGAGGGCAAGUUCUUGAAGAUUUCAGUUAUGUUAAGUCUCAUUUAAUUUGCUUCAACUUGCUUUGGCAGCAUGGAUCUUUCAAGAUAAGAUGGUUCUUCUAUGAAGAGGGUAUUCAUGUCAUUUUCCUGAAGUGAUGUUGUUCUGAAAGAUCCAUUGAAGAACCAAGAGCUUCUAUCUUUUCACAUUAACCAAACUGGUUUUGUCAAUGGAGAAUGAUUUCUACAGUUCUUCACUGAACAUGGAGCAUAAUCCUACACCAAAGCCACUUCUUCAGUGCUAUUCAUUUGAUCUUAAUAACCAAAACAACAUCAUAAAUGGAAUUCCAAUGCUUGAUUUAGACCAAGGAAGUGUUGAUGGUAAUAGCUUCUUAAAUUCUUCAAGUAUUCUUAAUUCUAGUUCAUUUGUUACUUCAUCACAAGGAAAGACUACUGUAGGAGAUACCUCAAAUGCGACCGGAAAUGGCGAAUUUCAUGAGAAUUUAGCCGGAGGAACGCAGCCAAACGGCGCGCUGGCUUCCCCGCUCACAACCAUUCUUGCUGCUAGAAUUGGCCUUCAAGAAAAUCUAGAGAAUUCAGCAACUUUGUUGCCUUCAUUUGAGGCACUAGGACAAUAUGUCUUCAAUAAUUGGCAUGAUACUACUUCAAAUUCAAGCCCUUUUCCGGCGACUUUCUAUGGCGAUCGUGGCUACGAUGAAGUCCCUAGUAAUGGUAAGUGGAGCUUUAACAAGUUUCCAAAAGCACCAGAGGUUGAAGGAAGUGGAUUGGUACCUUAUGCAUCCAUAGGGAAUCUUGAUCCUAAUGGAUGGACAUCAUUGAAUGCUGCAAAUUUGGCUAAUCAUGCUUACAAUUCUUCGAGUUAUAGCAACGAGCUAUCGUUAAGUCUUGCUACUUCGCCGGCUGCAGCUCAGUGCUCGGAGAUUAGCUGCUCCGAUGUGAGCUGUGGCAUGAAUGAAACAAGGACAGGAUUGGAGAAAGGUUCUUGCAGCAGUAGGGAACUGUCUAUGAGUUUAGGUUCUGAAAAACAUGUCCGGUUUUCGCCGGUGAUACUUGGAUCAAAGUACCUUGUAGGAAUUCAAGAGGUACUGGCUCAAAUCGCAGCAUAUUCGAUUGAGAAUGUAGAAGAGGUGAAUUAUUCAGGUGCUGGUGAUAGAGCUGGAGGAAAUAAAUCAACAUCAGGUUUUGCGCAAAAGACUACACCAGCAACAAAUUCAAAUGCAAAUUCUUCUAUGUUUGAAGCUCAUGCAGAGUCUCCAUUGCAAAGACAUGCAGCUGAAUCAAACAAAUCCCAGUUGCUGGCACUUUUACAGCUGGUGGACAGCCGAUACAGUCAGUGUUUGGAUGAGAUACACACUGUUGUAUCGGCAUUCCACGCAGCAACAGAGCUCGAUCCGUGCAUACACGCACACUUUGCGCUCCAAACAAUUUCUGUACUAUACAAGGACUUGAGGGAGAGGAUCAGCAAUCAUAUUCUUGCAACAGGGUCCAAUUUUAGCGACUCGUGCUCGGAAGAUAAGGAAUGGUCAGUUGAUACUUCAUUCAUUCAAAAGCAAUGGGCUAUCCAGCAGUUGAAAAGAAAAGAUCAGCUCUGGAGGCCUCAAAGGGGCUUGCCUGAAAAAUCUGUCUCAGUUCUUCGUGCUUGGAUGUUCCAGAACUUCCUCCAUCCGUAUCCUAGAGAUGCAGAAAAGCAUUUACUUGCUGUAAAAAGUGGGUUAACUAGAAGUCAGGUAUCUAACUGGUUCAUAAAUGCUCGUGUUCGGUUAUGGAAACCUAUGAUUGAGGAAAUGUAUGCCGAAAUGAAUAGAAGAAAGGCUUGUCGAAUGGAAGAAGGGAUGGAGGAUGGCCAUAGAAGCAGGCUAAGCAUGAACAAUCAUUACUUUAAUAUGAAUUGAAGUUGAAGAACAAUGUGAUGAACAAAAACUUUGAUUUUAUUUAGUGGAUGAUUCGCCACCAGUUUGGUAUAUUAUUACAUAAUGAGAUAUAGUUGUUCUAAAAAAUGUGCUUUCAUAUAAUCGAUG